AUGCCAUCAUUCCUUGACCUUCCGCCAGAGAUUCGACUGAUGAUAUACGCUUAUUCGCUUAAUCCAAAUGAAUAUGUGAAAAGCUAUCGGAAGAUUGUCAAAACCGUGGCACUUGCUGCGAUAGGUCCUCCCCUUAGUCAAAACCCUCGUUUAUACGUGGAGCGAUACACACCUUCUAUUCUGUUGUUGAACAAAAAAAUCAUGACCGAGGCUCUUCCUGUCCUAUACCGAAAACCGCUGGACCUCUAUGGAACUCCAUCAACAUACUUUACGAUGCGCCAAAUGGAUAUUUCCGAAUUCAUUAGUGAGCAUCUUCUUCAGCGAAUCCAAUAUAGUGCUCUACGUCUAUAUUUUCCCAAUAAGACUUUUGUCCUAGCCUUGCUGGAUAUCUGGGGCGCUGAUAACCGACUGGUAAGGCUGGAUGUUUAUCUUCCAGAGCAAGCGGCACGCAACAAUCGACACUGGGAGAUUGUUGAAAGCAGGCUUCGAACAUUUUCCACAAUGGUCCCUGUUGAGUGGCAUGAGACUGUCAAUUCAUUGAAAGAGAAUUGA